AUGUUUAAAUUUCCAGGAGUUGCUUUCAUCACUGGCGCCGGAGGGACCGGCAUUGGCGCUGCAGUUGCCAAGGGUUUCGCGCGAUCAGGAUGUUCAAGAAUUGCCAUCACAGACCUCAAUAAAAAAUCACUGGCGAAUACCAGAGAUGCCAUUUUGCAAAUCAACCCAGAGGCACAGGUGUUUAGUCAAGAAGGCGACAUUUCGAAUGAAGUUUUCGUCAACUCAUUCGUUGGCAACAUUGCUAAGAAGUUCUCACGCAUUGACUACUCAGUAAGCUGCGCCGGUAUAUUGGGCCAGUCACUACGGUCACACGAAACGUCAACUGCCGAUUUCGAGCUCAUUACCAAUGUCAACUACAAGGGUAGUUGGCUGGCUUCUCGGGCGGUCCUGAGCCGUAUGCUUGAACAGCAACCUCAUGAAGAGCACCCAGACCAACGUGGCGCCAUUGUGAAUAUCGCGAGUCAACUCGGCAUUGUGGCACGGCCGGCGGCGGCUCCGUACUGCGCGUCCAAGGCCGCAAUCAUCAACAUGACACGGUCAGAUGCCAUUGACUAUUCGCAAGACAAGAUCAGGGUCAACUGCGUCUGCCCUGGAGUCAUCGCCACGCCGAUGACGACAGCGUCAGAGGAGUUGGUACAGCGACUGAGGCCGGCAAUAGAUAUUGCGCCGAUGAAGCGCAUGGGAACACCCGAGGAGGUGGCUAACGCGGUGUUGUUCUUGUGCUCAAGCCAAGCCAGCUUCGUCCAAGGCCACGCUCUGGUAGUCGACGGAGGCUACACCAUCAACUGA